GGUCGUGGGGGCAACAGAGCAACUUGCAGGACAGCAGGUUGGGAAGUUAUAUCGGAGAAUUCAGGAACAAAAAUACCACGAAAACAAACUCCACACAGGCUAAACACAGGCCUCUACAAUGGACGACCUUGACGCACUGCUGGCAGACCUGGAGUCUACAACGUCCCACAUCUCAAAGCGUCCUGUGUUUUUGCCUGACGAGACCCCUUAUUCCAUUCCUACUGGACAGUCCUACCAGGAUGUGUCGGUCCCACCCCCGGUUCCCCCGCCCCCCUCAGCCGACGCUUUAAAUGGCUCCCUAAUAGACCCUCUGGACUCCCACCACUCCUCUCAGCAGUCUUUAGGGUCAGUCAAGAAGAGCUCAUGGUCCAGGGACAGUAACAGCCCUCCUUUGUCUCACAUUGAAGAGGACCACGUUUAUAGCUUUCCAAACAAACAGAAGCCCUCAGAUCCAUCUGCGGCAGCCAUGACCUCUGCCCUGGGCAGUAACCUAUCUGAGCUGGACAGGCUGCUGCUGGAACUCAACGCUGUCCAACAGAGCACCCCCUCUUUUCCCACUACAGAGGAGGCAGCUCCACCCCUGCCAUCCUGUAGCAUCACCCACUAUGAGAAUGGGAGUACUCCUGAUAUCAUGGUGAGCCCUCCCCCUCAGGAGAAACCCAAGAGGAAUGGAACACGGCUGGAUGAGGGCCGGCCCACAGUAGAAAGUCUGCUUGAUGAGCUGGAGGACUCUGUGCCGUCCCCCAGCCCCUCAAUUCUCCAUAGUGAGUUGGACACUCCAUCUCAGCAACAAGCCAGAAUUUCAGCUUCCUGUGCCACAAGAGAACUUGAUGAGCUCAUGGCCUCUUUGUCUGACUUCAAGAUUAUGGCUCAAGGAAAGGGCGGUGGCCCUGCAACACAGGUCAACAAGCUGGACAACAUGCUAGGCAGCCUGCAGUCUGACCUCAACAAAUUGGGAGUUCAGACUGUGGCCAAAGGAGUGUGUGGGGCCUGCUGUAAACCCAUUGUGGGACAGGUGGUUACUGCCAUGGGACGAACAUGGCACCCUGAGCACUUUGUGUGCACACACUGUCAAGAGGAGAUCGGCUCUAGGAACUUCUUUGAGCGUGACGGACAACCCUACUGUGAGAAAGACUACCAUAACCUGUUCUCCCCACGAUGCUACUACUGUAAUGGACCUAUACUGGAUAAAGUUGUGACGGCGUUGGAUAGAACAUGGCAUCCUGAACACUUUUUCUGUGCUCAAUGUGGAUCCUUCUUUGGCCCGGAGGGUUUCCAUGAGAAGGAUGGAAAGGCAUAUUGCAGGAAGGAUUACUUUGACAUGUUUGCACCUAAAUGCGGUGGCUGCGCCAGAGCCAUCUUGGAGAACUACAUCUCGGCGCUGAACUCCCUUUGGCAUCCGGAGUGUUUUGUAUGCAGGGAGUGCUUCACCCCAUUUGUGAAUGGAAGUUUCUUUGAGCAUGAUGGCCAGCCCUACUGUGAAGUGCACUACCAUGAACGCCGCGGCUCCCUGUGCUCUGGCUGUCAGAAGCCAAUCACUGGCCGCUGUAUCACAGCAAUGGCCAAGAAGUUCCACCCGGAGCACUUUGUCUGUGCCUUCUGCCUCAAGCAACUCAACAAAGGCACCUUCAAGGAGCAAAAUGACAAGCCCUACUGUCACGGCUGCUUUGUGAAGUUGUUCAGCUAGGAUAGAGAAUCCAUACAUCUACAUCUGUGCACUGCACAAUACGAUAUAUGGGGAUGGGGCUUAGAUAGGUGCGUAUGGUUAAAGUGUCUUUAGCUCGAGUAGAGUAUGAAUCAAUGGUUUUUGUAUCUGAAAGGGAGUCUGUAUUCUGUUGAUGCCAUUGAACGUGUAUAUGGUUGAAGUAUGUUCAUCUAGUUAAAGCUACAAUCUUGGAGAUCUUCAUUUUUGUUUAAUUUACUGACACCUACAGUGAGGCUUGGAACCGUAUUGAUAUCUGACCACUCCGCUUUUCAGAGAACCAUUCAAGAUUUAGCAGUUGAUGCGGUUGUAUCAGCACCCUAAACCAGCGUGAAACCAAAACACUGUUGAACCUUAGUUUUAGCUUCUUAUGUUGUAGUAUCUGCUUGUAAAGGUCUUUUGUGAGCUUGUUUUGCAGUACUUGCUUGUUUCCCACAACUUUGCAUCUUUGCCUCUAAAUGCCUUGUUUUCCUACAUUUGGCUUCUAUAGUGAAGACUCAAACUGCUAUUUGCCACAUUAUCAAAGUCGUACUCGACAAUUAUCAGUAAAAUGAGCAACUACAAAGGCAUUCAUGAUUUGAUUGGGAUAUUUUGGCAUUUUUCUAAAAGCAUUAUUUUAAAGCUGCAUGAGGGAAUGUUUUUAUGGUAAAAUAUUACCUUUUAAUUGCUAUUAGUGUUAAAUAUCCCCCCACGCCCCAAUGAAAAUGAAAAAACAAACUUUGUCACAUGGUUUUGUUGAUCCGCCUAUUUGUCGAGUUGCCUUUCCGUGGAAUCUUUAGUGACACACAGGAAGUGGCUAUUUUAUGCAUUUGUAGACAAGCAUUUAUGUAAUGUGUAUGUUAUGUUUAAAUUGAAGUAGAUUGAUUUUGUUGGUUGUACGCAAAUGCACAACUAUGAGAAGUCACAGUUUUUGAGGCCAUUCUAACACUACGAUUGUUGUCUUGCGUUAUUCAUGCAACAUGAAGCAACAUUUUGGGAAUCGCAGUCAACUUAAACAGCACGCCGCGUCGUCUACUGGAGGAAAUUCCCUUAUGCAGCUAUAAAGAUGCCAGCAGCAGAAAGCACCGUCAAGGACAUCCAUUUGCAUGCAAAUCUUCAGGAUUGUAGCUUUAAGGUAGCAUACCACUGCUGUCAAGCUGAGAUCCUGUAUCCUCAAAAGGUUCCCCUUCAGGUAUUCGGAGAGAUUGCCUUGUUUUUAUAUAGAUAGCUGUACCUUUUUUUUUUUUUUAAUUCUAUUCAUUUCUGCUUAACAUGUGACCCCUGAGGUUAUGAAAUGUGUUUAACUGGUAAAGGACCCAAAUCUUUGGCUCAGGUAAAAACCAAAAAAAAAAAAAAAUCACCAAAAAAUGAGGUUGCAAGGAUUUUCAUGACAUCAGUGCUGUGCAGGAAAUGAAAAGAUUUCUCCAGAUUUCCUGGAGUGCAAGGAUGUUUUCUGCAAGUCCAGGCAUGUCAGCCCUUUCUGUGAUUCUCAGAAUAGUGCAUUUUCAAAACGUAUUAGUUAAUCUUUAUUGUAUUGUGGGGUAGAAAGCUCACUGAACACUGUAGGAACUCGUGAAAGUUUAUGCCCGUCUAAGGUUAUUGCUCACUGGUUGAGUGUGUCUUUUGAGUACUCUUUAAAAUUCAAGAUAUUUUAGCAGGGAGCAGUUGACCUGUUGUUUUUCAGCCACAGGAUAGAAGGCCUUUUUACAUGCUGUGAAGUAGAGAGACAUUCAGAGGCUUUUUUUUCUAAUUCCCUUUUGUGUAAAUGAGAUAACCCAAACAGAACAGAGGGUUAAACUCAUGUUAGUAUUAAAUUGACUGAAAACGGUCUGUUUCAGUAUUCAUAUUUGUUUUUACUCUUGUGAAGUAAAAAAAAAAAAGAGAUUCAACACCUUCACAAAAAGGCUUAGUAUUUUAACUGCGUACUGUUUGUGUGUCAGGAAACUAGAGUUUCUUGAGUGAAUACAUAAGCUGAGUAAAAGACAUUAAUCAUUUUAACACAGCCACUAAGAUGGUUAUCUCAGAAAUGCAAGCACAUUGAUGAGAUGCAUGAUAAGAUGCAUGGUUGAAUGCAUGAUGCACUGAGGUGACAUCAUGGGAAUCCUUUAUUGUGCGUCUGUCUUGACAUCUCCCUGUAAGGUUGUAAAGGUGAACUGAAUAGGCAUAUCAUAGCACAAACCUCACAGUUGAAGCAACUCAUUCCCAUAUCAACCCUUGUCUUUUCACGGAGGAAAACAGGAUAAUUUUGACUUGCCAGGCAAUUUGGGUGCUGAUCAGUAGUAUUUUGUCACUCUUCAUCAACAGCAUAUGCAGCACAAAUUGAAACUUGCAGGAUGACCACAUCUGAAUAUUACUUUGUUGUUAUUAAAAAAAAAACAGUAACACUAACUUUGUUCCUUCUGAGGUUAUAGCCAGCCAAUUCCUCAUUGAUCUUAUAUUAAAUAUUUACAGCAAUUACAUUAUAGGUAACGACUGUCACAAUGAUGAUGAUGAUGAUGAUGGUGGUUAUCGCGGUUGCCUCACAGCAAGAAGGUCCCGGGUUCCAGCCCUGGGGUAGUCCAACAUUGCGGGUUGUCCCGGGUCAUCCUCUGUGUGGAGUUUGCAUGUUCUCCCCGUGUCUGCGUGGGUUUCCUCCGGGUGCGCCGGUUUCCUCCCACAGUCCAAAGACAUGUAGGUCUGGUGAGUCGGCCGUACUAAUUUGUCCCUAGGUGUGAAUGUGUGUGUGUGUGUGUGUGUGUGUGUGUGUGUGUGUGUGUCAGUCAUGUGAUGGCCUGGCGGCCUGUCCAGUGUGUCUUCCCGCCUGCUGCCCAAUGACUGCUGGGAUAGGCUCCAGCAUCCCCGCGACCCUGAGAGCAGAAUAAGCGGUUUGGAUAAUGAAUGAAUGAAUGAACAUUAUAGGUGAAGAGCCGGUCAGUUAUAUUCAAGAUUAUCAUGCACAUCUCUAAUUACCGCUCAUGGAGAGACUGAGAGGUCGUUUGGUAAAGUAUACCUUAUAUACUUGGUGUUUUUCAAGUAAAUCAUUACUGUAUUGAGAAGCUGUGUUGAUUUCCAGUUUUAAGAAAUAAGGAUAUGAUACACAAAUCAAACCCAUAAAGUUAUAAUAGGUAUCAUUGAAAUACUAUGCAAUUGAGUCCUACUUAAUGUGCCAUCUUCUCCUUUCAGGUAGCAGGCCAUCUGUGUCACUAUCGAUGCAAUAUCUUUUAACACUGGCAAAACUAGCAGGAUGCUGAUGUAGGAGUCACAGUCCAUGAUUGUCUCAAGUGUUUUAGUCUGUGUGUCCACUGAAAAAUAUAGGCUGUUUAAAUAAAAACUUAUUGGUCUUUGAGAAUCAAUUCAAGGACUAAGGUGGCUCAUUUCUCUCAGCAUCUGAGUAAAAUCUACUGUAGCCAGCGUUGGGUCAGUAGACGUAUUGUUAGUCAUGAAAUGCAUUGCAUACUGGGUCUUUGUCUUCAGGGAAAUCCAGAGCCUUAAAUCUUUCUCAUUCUAUUUAUGAGAUCAUAUAACAAUUGUGUGAUCAAAUCAUUUUAUUAGAAUAUUAUUAAAUCAAAGCCAUACUUUGUUGAAACUGUCCAAAUUGUGCCUGUUCACAACUUUCUUGUUAUGUUAAAAUUGUCAAUGUCACGCUAUGUGAGCCUACUCCUUUCCUGCCUGAUUACUUCAAUAAAUCCUGUUUUGGUACCAAAAUAUGCAUGAUGCACUCCAUUUCAUCCUUUGACAACUGUUUAUACAGGGAGAUAGGACUGGCAAACUUAAUAUAUGGAUUAAAUCAAUCAGGUCUGUGAAUUCGUCGUUUAAUAUGUUCAUGUAUUUUUCCAGCUCUUUGCAUGUAUG